ACGAAGUUUUUCGCUUCCUAUGCGCAAACCCAUCAACCAAACAUCAAUAAAACAACAUAUGCGAAAUUCUGAAGAAGAAAAAGAAACGGGAAACCCUAAUUUGUACGGAAAAGAAGACAGACAGAGUGAUCGAUUUGAUACUAUUCAGCUAUGGCUGCAAAGAUUCUUGCUAACUUAAUUGUGAUGGGUUCUAGUAUAGUGGCAAGGGCUCUAGUUCAAGCAUAUCGUCAGGCACUUCAAAAUGCCUCAAAAUCGGGUGUGGCUCAAGAAACAUUACAGAAUGCUGUUCGUAGAAGCAGCAAGGUCAUGACAGAGCAAGAAGCUAGGCAGAUUCUUAAUGUCUCAGAGACAACCACUUGGGAGGAAGUUAUGAAGAGAUACGACACUUUAUUCGAAAAUAAUGCCAAGAACGGGACCUUUUACCUUCAGUCAAAAGUUCACAGGGCCAAGGAAUGCUUAGAGGCUGCAUAUCAAGACAAAGGUCAGGGUACGGGUACCCCUAGUUGAGAGUAUGGUUGUAAUUCCUCCAAUUUUUGCCCCUUUUCAUUUAUUGUAUAAUUAGUGUUCAGGCCUAAUGGCCCGAAAGAUUGAAACUGUAUACACAUGUUCGUUUAUCUCAUCCCCCUUGAAAUGCCAGAGUUUGUUGAAGUUGUUGUGUUCACAUCUUAUGUUUGAUCAAUAAUAAUAAUAGUAGUUGGGUUGGGAUUUGCAAA